AGGCUGGUGGACAUGGAAGUGUGUCCAUGCAGUAAUCCUACAUGGGACAGAAGCGUGUUCACGGAGACCGUACAGACUAAAUUUGGGUUGAUUUGUGACAAGAAAAAAGAAAUCAGCUUAUCGGAAACCUGUGCAUAUGGUGGAAUGUUAAUCGGAGCUUUCUUGUUCGGAUUAUUAUCUGACAGAUUUGGUCGUCUAAUGAUGUUCAGCAUAAGCUUCGUUCUCACCGGAAUUGCUGGAGUUGCCGUCAGCCAGUCACCGAACAUGCAAGCAUUCUUUGCGUUCAGAUUCUUCGAAGGCCUCGGGGCCGGUGGUACCAUCGUCACCAGCUUCGUACUCUUAAUCGAAUACACUGGAUUGAAAUAUCGGGAAACUAUGACAGCGGUGUACCACUUGCCUAUUAAUUUAAGUCAUCUAUUAAUAGCUGGAGUUUCGUAUGGGCUGAGAGACGCCUUUAAAUUUCAGCUAGCCAUUUCUGUCCCCAUGUUCGUUUUCGGGCUUGCUGUUUUCUUUUUAAACGAAUCUCCGUUGUGGCUGCUAGCUAAAAAGAAAAAAGAGAGAACUGUGAAGGCGAUGCAGUCAAUUGCAAAAUUCAAUAAGAAGCCAGAUAGUAGUAUCAGCGCAGAUAUCGACGCAUACUACUACAGCACCCAAGGCACUCAGCAAGAGAAAAUUCAACUCCACCACAUAUUUAAAUACAGAAGACCUACCAUUAACCUGUUAUGUAUGGCUUACAUGUACCUCGUUUGCGGCAUGGGAUACUACGGCGUUUCACAGUAUAUAUCCAAGAUGAGCGGCAAAAUACAUGUGAAUAUAGCAAUUUCUGCUAUCCUUGUGGCGCCAGGUACUCUUUUGAGUAUAUACCUGCUUAACAAAAUUGGAAGGAAACCUUUUCUUUUAUCUACUAAUAUAUUGGCUGGCGCAUUUAUGUUAUUUGCUGUUGUAGUGCCUAGUAGCUUUGAACCAACUUGGCUAAAAGUGCUUUUUGCGUGCAUUUCAAAUUGUUUCUUUUUCAUGUCCUUUAUUUUGGUGUUCCUUUAUGGGGUGGAACUAUUCCCGACUCAGAUCCGCACUUCGGCGCUUGGCCUUUUGUCUCUAUUGUCCAGGGCCGGUAUGAUGAUUGCUCCGCAGAUCAAUAACCUGAAUCCGACUAUAGCGGGUUAUGUGUUCGCGGCACUGGCUGUAAUAGGCGGCGUCUUAACUAUUUGUUUACCUGAGACGAAGAACCGGGAGCUGCCGUCCACUUUGCAAUAAGGAACCUGAAUCAAGAGGGUAG